ACAAGUUAGAUUGGUGUACCUACCGAAUUUUAUACUUUAAAAUGGCUUCAAAAAAGCGUUGAUCAAUUUUCUUUCUUUCUUUUAAACUCAUUAAAAAGGCGCUCUUUAUCUGAAUGAUACCGGAGAAUUAGGGAUAACUUUUUUUGGUGGUUAAUAAAGACUUGAAUUUUUAACGCAAUUCAUAAAAAAAACUUCCAAAAAAGCUUUCCUUCUUUUCAAUUGUCAUAUUUUCUAAAAUUCGCUUUUACCCUUUCCAUUGAAACUCUCAUUUUUUUUCGAAUUGUAAUAUAUUUUUCACGCUGGCGUGCGCGCUUUUAAUUUAGAUAUUAAAUUUUUUUGUUUUGUUCGAGAAUUUCUUGUUAAUAUUACGUUCAAAACUUUUGUACAGAUAGCUUUUAACCAUGACUCGCUUCACGCCUGCAAAAUUUUUCCCUUUUCUCCUGUUAUUCAUAUUUUGCGCCACAGUCCUCGCUGGUCCAACCCUGCAUGAGGAUACAAUAUAUGUUAGUGAUGCUACUUCAGAUCUCAAUUCUGCUGAUGUAGAAAAAACAGCAGAUGGAAAACCAUCUGAAGGAGUUGACUAUACUGAAGAUAAUGCAAAUUUACAACAACUAGUAGAUACACCAGAACCCUCAGCCAACGUUAAGGGCUUAUUGUACAACCCUGGUGAUGCUUGCACUAUGAUAACCUCUCCAACAAAUAUUCCAAAAUCCUUAAUGAAUCAACGUAUUGCUCUCAUCAAACAAAAUAGCUCUUGUUCAAUUUACGAUCAGAUUAAUGCUGUUCAAAAUGAUGGUGUGAUUGGUGCGGUUUAUUAUGGCGAUGGUACUACACCUACUACACCUACAUCAUCAAAACCCAGUAUAAAAAUUCCAGUAUUUAAAAUCAAUAAGGAAAAAGGUGAUAAUUUAAUGAACAAACUUAAUGAAUUUGCAGCAACCGAAGGUUCUACAAAAAUGGUCAGAGUUAUUAUGUUACCUUCUUCAGGUUCAUUUGGUGGUGGUUGGCAAAUUGCGAUAAUCGUUAUUGGAGCUAUACUUGCUGCUUCGUUCUUGGUGUCUGGUGAAUAUAUUUAAAGAUAUUUAUUAAUGUUUUUUUUACGUAUCUUGUUGAGGAACUAAUUUGUUCUGAUUUAAUUUCUUUUUUUUUUCUUAGUAUUGAUUCAUUGCCGCUUAUAUCAACUUAGACGUCGUGAACGAAAUUUGAUGAUUGCUCAACAUGAAGCUAAUGUAAAUUCCAAAUUAAAAGUUUUCACCUUAGAAAAAUCCGUAUUGAAAACUUUCCCCA